UUUCUCAUGUUACAUUUCCACCGUCCCCCUUGACAGGGUCUAGAGUGGAUUAUUCCUAAAUAUGGCGGCGGUAUCUGUCAGCAAGAAGUGAAACUUUCGCUUAAGAGAGUGACUAUUUCCUAUUAAAAGCAGCAUUUCCUGGAUGUUGUCGUCGGUUCAGCUUUUAGGUCGUUUAAAGUAGAAACGAUAUUUCGUGUACUUUUUGUGGUCGUCUUUCAUUCGACGGUUUUUUCCUUCUAUAUUUGUUCUUAGCUGCUAGCUGACUAGCUGACUGUAAGGCUGUCGAUAAACACAGCUGUGAGGACGGAGAUCAACAUUAACGGUUAAAACCGGCUUCGUUUCACAUUAACGGCUGAUUUGAAGGUUAAUUCUGCGUGUAACGUUUCAUGAGACGUAUGUUGAUAAGUUAUUUAUUGACAACCAGCGCUUCCGUGUUCGUUUUACGUCACUGGAUGUUUGUCGAUGUGUUUUCUGUCCCAAGGAAUUUGAUUUGCUAGCACCUUCUGUACUGGCAAAUCAAUGGAGAAGCUUCAGGAUCUCAGACAAUCCGAGCUACAGGAUUUGCUGGAUAAUUCGGAGGGGGUGGAGUCAAUGGCACUGGAGUCCGAUGAGAUCCAGAAUAUUCAACUGGAAAGGGAGAUGGCUCUGGCUUCCAACCGCAGCCUGGCUGAACAGAACCUUGACAUGAAACCGCAGCUGGAGAGUGGAAGAGAACGGCUAGUAGGGAAAUAUAAUGAACUGGAGGAAGUGAGGGAGAGAUACAAAAAGCACUGUGCUCUCAGAGAUGGGAUUAUGGGCCUGGUGUCACCUGAGGGGUUGUUUACUCGUCUACAGGCAGAGGGCGCCAACACAGAGGCAGAGUCAGAGGCUCUAGCUGAUGAAUUUCUAGAAGGUUCCUUGUUACUAGACUCAUUCCUUGAGCGCUUCCACUCUCUCCGCUGCCUCGCUCACAGAAGACGUGUGUGCAUCGAGAAGCUGCAAGAGAUUCUACGCCAGAAGAACCAAGGAGCCGGGGAGUCUGGUGUGACGUCAGAGCCGUGCUCCAAUCUGGAGGCCGGCUCAGUGUCACUGUGGCAACAGCAGCAACCCCAGCAACAGCCACAGCAGAAACCUACCGUGAGCAACAACCAACCCAACUGUGCCCUGCCAUACACUCCAUACCCUGUUUCUCCUCCUAGCCAACCCUGUUCAGCCUCUACAGCCGCCCCUUCCAACCCCACUGGUGCUUUUCAGCCCUACUCAAACCAUUCCACAGCUUUUACUCCAUCCUCAGGCUACCCUGCUGCCCGGCCUGCCUUUGCCCCAUCCACAUGCCCAUACCCUGCCCAAUCUGCAUUUCCAGCUCCCCAAGGUCCUCCUUUUGGGCAGUUUGGCCCUAGUAAUGCACCCUACCCCAGCCCGUACCCUUAUGGAGGUUAUAGUUACCCCAUGGGCUCACAUAUGCCCCCUUCUCAGUCACCUACAGGUAGGCCGCUUUAUAGGCCAGGGUUUGGUGUACCACAGCCGUAUUCCUGAACCACAUUGUUCCCAUCUUCCCCACUUCCUCCCCCUUUGUCCAUUUUUCUCUGUCUCUCUGUGUCUCCUAAUCCCUCUGUUCUCUGUCUUUUUUCCCUCCUCCUUUGCCUUCAAAUGACACUGAGUUUUGUGGUCUGCAUACCCCGAAUUUUUUCUUCCUGUUUUCAGGCUUGCACAAAAUGUUUGACAUUGGGUUGCCAUGUGUUUUUUUCCUCUGACACCUCAGUGAAAGACUUUCUCCAAAAAAAAUUAAAUGAAAAAUGUCAGAGACCAAAAUGGACAUCAAUGUCAAUCAACUUUGGACUUUAGUUCCUGACUGUUCUAGCAUGUUUCCAGCUUUGAGACUUUAAAUUGUUGAUUGAACUUUAUGCCAUUAUGUUUUCAUUUAAUUCAAUAGAAUUGUGUUGAUGUCUGGCCUUCAGACUUCAGAAUCAUAUCUUUUUAUUAACGUAUGAGAUGUCACACUAAUUAAUCAUAAGACUAAUUUAUCACCUGGCUGCUUUCUGGUUCGUGUAGCCACUUUUUCUGCCCAGAAAAUGACAUCACUACCAUUCAUAUAAGACACAGGCUACUUUACAAACUGUAGAAGUCUCCCAACAAAUGUUUAAUGCCACAUUUUCAGGUACUUUUAUUUGGGUGGAUUAUUUGACCCAUGAGUCAUAUUGUCUAUAUGUUGUUACAAGAAUAGUCAGUUUUGUAUUUAACGCAACUGUGCACUCGUUCCUUCAUCUCCUUGUCUGCUGAGCUGACUUUUUUUCUCCCCUCUCCUUCUCUCUUUCUUAACCGCCCCCCCAUCCCCUCCAUUUUUGUUUUGAUCACACGGUCCUUGCUCCGUGUACAGCGUGUUGAUUGAGAACAAUGGGAAUUAGCUGAAGGGACUGUUUAAAUACGCUAGUGAAGACUGUGGGAUUUGUAUAAACAGAUAAUAAGGGUAAAUUAAAAAAAGGGGGGGAAAUAAUAUAAACAUAUCUUUAUCUGCUAUAGCACAGUAUAUGGUGUGGUGUUUGAGGCAGUUGGAACCAUAACACAGCACAGUGAGCAAGCGAGGGAGUUUGAGCUACAUCACAUCCUUUGGCGUUUACAUACAGCUUUCUGUAACCAGCUUGCCGCUGAAAAUGUUUUAGAAUGAAGAUUGUGCAGACAAGUUAAUCUUGUAAGCUUAUAUAGGUCUGUUACAAUGGUUUAAUGGUUUAUAAGGGUUUAAUUAAUUCAAAUAUGAUUGUUAUUAAUUCCUGGCAAAGCUGUGGUUUCCUGACAUGGAUGUAAAAAAAAGGCUGUAUGUAUCUGUGAGGUUGUAUGUAGUCCCCGCAGCAACCCUACAUUUUGGAGUGAAGUGUGUAUCUUUUAUGUGUUGAUUGGUAGAUUGAUUGAUUAUUUGGAAUCACUUUUGCACUCCACAAUAACAGCUUCCGUCCCUACGGUAAAAGGACCUGGGGGCGAGCCUGCAAAAAGUUUUAGAAGGGGUAAACUUUUGAAUUUUAUUUUCAGUGUUUAUUUGUAAACUUGGAAGCAAUCAAAAAAACAAAAAACAGAGGCAUCCCCAAUCAAACCUUGUGUGGCUUUAAUGAAUUAAUGAUCUCAGUAAUUAAGACUCAGGUUCGGAGUAAAACCCUGUCAUCUCUAGGCCGUCCUCAGGACCUGAAACGAGGGUGAAAGCUGGCAUUACAUAAAGCGGGGGAAACGGGGGUUAUUUAGUCGCACACUGUGAUGUGCAGCUUUAGAAGAAAGGCAUUCUGUGGGAUUAAUGGUGAUGACUGUAACCUGUUAAGUGUAUUAUUUUUUAUUUUUAUUUCCUUUGGUGUGGAUAUUAAACACUAAAGUUGAUCUAUGAAA